UAUAUCUGCGACAGACGGAUGAACGCAAGCCUUCCUGCUGUCGUGUCCAUAAUUUGACUGCCUAACAUUUCCCAGCAUUCAACAUACAAAAUGGCGGAAGAGAUCCAGAUGGACAACAAUUCGUUUGAAAACGUGACGACGGAUGCGCCCUUCCUCCUUGACCUGACGGUCUCGUUUCCGAUACGAUACGCUGUUCCACUUUUAGGAUACUUCUCUCCGGUGUUGAUCCUCAUUACACUGGUUACAAAUACUCUGGUUGUGAUCGUGCUUCUCAAGAAGCACAUGCGUUCUCCCACUAACGCCAUUUUGGCGGGAAUGGCCCUGUCUGACAUGUUUACUGGGCUGUUUCCCUUGCCUGUAUUUCUGUAUUUUUUCGGUUUGGGCAAUUAUAAAGAAUAUAUCCCGUAUAAGUGGUGCUACACAUACAAGUAUAUGUCUGAGCUGAUUCCGACUAUCUUUCACACCGCCUCAAUCUGGCUCACCAUGGCGCUUGCAAUACAGCGGUAUAUUUACAUUUGUCAUAGUUUCAAGGCCCGGAAGUGGUGCACAAUCACUAACGUGCUUUACGGCACGUUGGCAAUAUACGUCAUAGCUAUUUUGAGCCAAAUUUCACGAUUCUUUGACUCUACCUACCAGCCGUUUAUAGUGCCGUCUCGUCUGGACCCAAACCAGACGAUUGUCGCAUGUGAAGAGGCAUUAAUGCCAUGGGUGCGAGAUAACCCGGAUGUAUAUUAUAACGUUUAUUACUGGUUCAGAGUAAUAUGUAUACAUCUAAUUCCGUGCACAUUUCUUGUGGUUCUCAACGCUUUGCUCAUCUCGGCCAUGCGCUCUGCGCAACUUCGUCGGAUGCAGCUACUGAAACAGAAUAAAAAGAGUGAGAGCAAGAAACUAAAGGACAGUAACUGUACCACACUCAUGCUUGUGGCUGUGGUGGGUUUGUUUCUGCUGGUAGAGCUGCCUCUCGGCAUAAUUAUCAUUGUAAACAUUAUGGACAAUACAUUUGAACUAGGAAUAUUUUCUGACGCUGAGAAAUACGGUAUCAUGAACUUGAUAUCGAAUUUCUUCAUUUUGUUGAGUUAUCCGUUGAAUUUUUUUAUUUACUGCGGGAUGUCUCGGCAGUUCCGGGAAACUUUCAAGCGGAUGUUCACAGGGGCGCCCAUGCCCAUCGACCGUGAUUGUUCCCAGUACAUGACACUACCAACGGAAAACGGUAAGACAGCCCUGACGACCGACGAAACAGCUCUUUAGGAUCAACAAGUUUUAUCCAGUCAAACGCGUCGUCUGUUGUCGACGUUGCGUGAUAUCCGGAUAAACAUAUCGUCGACAUGUAUGCGCAAGCCAAUCUUGACGCAUAGGAAAUGAGCCGUUUUCACCUCUCCCAGAAUGUUGUGCUUGUUUUCAAUUCCUUGCGUUAGGCUUGUUAUUCGCGCCAGCGUGAGGUCAGCGACAUGACCGUAGACUAUUAACAACCGUUUCCGUGAAUGUUAGACAAACGUCGUAAACAUCUAAAGUUCAAGACGGAAUGAUCGCUGCUCCUACGGUGACGUUAUGCGGUAAAGACGUAAAGGGUGUUCGUUAUACGGCCUCUCUUUCUCUCUAUGUACGUUGAUAUUGGCCCUAAAAGUUGCCUAUGGGUCUAGUCACUGGCAUCAACAUCAGACAUCAGUGUUUCAAAAGUCUCAAAAAGGAUGAAAGAAGCACAGUGUAAGAUUUCGGCGAAAUGAUUGAAACCCUUAAUGCAUCCCUGUGAAAUGCCACAUGUACCCUUGGAAUGAUAAAAAUCGGCUCAUACGUUGGACUACAAUAGUAACACAUGGUGAAAUGCUUUAUCACUAGAGGUAUUGCACUGUUAGAUUUCAAAUAUUCUAGCCGGAAUAUCAACCAAACAUGUGUAGCCGUCUGAAACUCAAACACUCAGCAAUGAUUGACAAAGUUUUCGUUGUGCACGUGCUCAUCUCAAUGCGCUCAACGCAGGAUUAAAACUAUUGACCCUCUCUGUCAUUUUUGAAAACAAAGUUAUGUUUUUGCGUGUAUCGUUGAAAUGGAAGCUGGUCUACGAUGACGUUAUUGGCUACGAUCACUUUUAUUUUUGUACAUAUUUUUUGUCACAAUCAUAAUACGUUACAUGUAUAUAAUCGACCUGCAAAACGCUGGACGUUGAAUGUGUUGUAGAUUUGUGAUUUACAAAGAAGUCGCAUUAUAAUGAGCAAGUUAAGAAGAAAAGUGAAAAAUAGUGCGUUAUGGAGCAGUUAAAAGAAAAGGCGUAAACUGUUCCCGUGAACUAUGAUAUUGUGACUGAUUAAACAACUAGUAUAUUGGUUUUCAUAUAUUUCGUAGAAUUAAAAUAUUCUCGUGAGUUAUCGCACAUUCUCACAUGUACUCACGUGGGUCAAUUAGAUCUCGUGUUUUAUUGUAUCAUGAAGCUGUGUACAAUCUUAAGAACUCUAUCAUUCAUGAGAUAACUCAUAUUGACAUUAAGCGAGAUUAUGAAAUAAAUUUGAAUUUGUAUAUAAACUGUGCCCAUCCCAUUGCAAAUGUCAUCGCUUGAAAAAAAAAACGCGUUUAAAUUACAAAAUUUUAUUAUACUGAUAUUGUU